AGUGCCUUCCCCAGAGGGGAGGGUGCAUGGGUUCGAGUCCCAAAUUGCCUGCAUACAUCUUGAUGUGUGUGUUUGAAUGGAAACGAGCAUAAAAAAAAAAAACACACACACACACACAAGCCGCCUCUUUUCGCAUUGCGCGUCAUUCAAACGGGACUUGAGUGUACUUGCUGGGUUGCACUAGUGAGCCUAAUAACCGCGGAGAUACCAGACCACAGCGGAGGAAUAUUGCGACUUUAAAAAAAAAAACAAAAAAAAACUUUAUUUACCCUCCUUCUUGUUCCUUUUCGUUAUGGUCAAGCGUGAAGAUUCUUCGUCACCUGUCCUUUUCUUCACUUCGCCGCAAGGGAAAUAAACCUUGUGUGUUUUUUAUAGAUUGCUGCAGCCGUGGGACACCUCCACCCCCCACCCCUGCACCCCUUUUGACGGACAACACCGCCCGGGCACACCUUUUAAGGGCUGAAAUAUGCUCACAGCGCGACGAUAGAAACAAGCUGAGAAGACACAAGUCCAAAGUGGUUUUAAAUCAUGAUGAUGCAGGAGUCGGCCACAGAGACAAUAAGCAACAGUUCAAUGAGUCAAAAUGGAAUGAGCGCCCUAAGCAGCAGCCAAUUAGAGGCUGGCGGUAGAGAUGGGAGAUCAAGCGCUGGUGGCGGUGACACGAGCGGCGAAGUAAGCACAGUCGAGCUGCUGCAUCUGCAACAACAGCAGGCCCUACAAGCAGCGAGGCAAUUACUCCUGCAGCAGUCGGGCAGUUGCCUGAAAUCUCCAAAGAGUCAGGACAAGCAUCGUCCACUGCAGGUUCCGGUCUCAGUGGCCAUGAUGAGUCCCCAGGUGAUCACGCCGCAACAGAUGCAGCAGAUCCUCCAGCAGCAGGUCCUCUCCCCCCAGCAGCUGCAGGCCCUCCUCCAGCAGCAGCAGGCCGUCAUGCUGCAGCAGCAACACCUGCAGGAGUUCUACAAGAAGCAGCAGGAGCAGCUUCAUCUUCAGCUCCUCCAGCAGCAACACCCUGGCAAGCAAGCUAAAGAGCAACAGCAGCAGCAGCAGCAACUGGCCGCCCAGCAGCUGGUCUUCCAGCAGCAGCUCCUGCAAAUGCAGCAGCUCCAGCAGCAGCAGCACCUGCUCAACAUGCAGCGGCAGGGCCUGCUCUCCCUGCCCGGGCCCGCCCCCGGCCAGGCCGCCCUGCCCGGACAGACACUGCCCCCGUCAGCUGGCCUGAGCCCCGCAGAGCUCCAGCAGUUAUGGAAGGACGUGACCGGGGUCGGAGGCGGCGGCGGUGGCGGCGGCGGCCACGCCAUGGAGGACAACGGCAUCAAGCACGGCGUCAGCAGCGGCAACACGGGCAGCGGCGGCCUCGACCUAUCCACCACCAACAACAGCAACCACAACAACAACAACUCCAUGACAACUACCUCCUCCUCCAACCACGCCAAAGCCUCGCCGCCCAUCUCGCACCACUCCAUCGUCAACGGACAGUCGCCAGUGCUCAACCACAGACGAGAGCGCGAGCGGGAAAGAGAGCGGGAGAGUUCACAACACGAGGAAAACGGAGGCUCCCAUCCCUUGUACGGUCACGGUGUGUGCAAGUGGCCCGGCUGCGAGAGUAUCUGUGACGACUUCGGACAGUUUUUGAAGCACCUCAACAACGAGCACGCCCUGGAUGACCGCAGCACAGCCCAGUGUCGGGUCCAGAUGCAGGUGGUCCAGCAGCUGGAAAUCCAACUUUCGAAAGAGCGCGAGCGUCUCCAGGCCAUGAUGGCCCACUUGCACAUGCGGCCCUCCGAACCCAAGUCAUCUCCCAAACCAGUGACUCAACUGGUGUCCAGCGUCACCAUGUCCAAGAACUGCCCUACGUCCCCGCCUAACUUACCGCAAACGCCCACCACCCCUACGGCGCCCGUCACCCCAUGGCUGGCCAUGCCCCAGGUCCCGUCGGUGCUGGGCGGAGCCAACGUGCCCAGCGGGGCCAACGUGCCCAGCAUGGGAGCCAUGCGGCGACGUCACACGGACAAAUACUCCAUGCCGCUGUCGUCGGGUGGUGACACAGUAUUUAUUUUUCCAGAGAUCGCCCCAAACUACGAGUUUUAUAAGAACGCGGAUGUCAGGCCGCCGUUUACUUAUGCAACCCUCAUAAGACAGGCUAUCAUGGACUCUUCCGACAUGCAGUUAACGCUUAAUGAAAUCUACAGCUGGUUCACGCGCACGUUCGCCUACUUCAGACGCAACGCCGCCACUUGGAAGAACGCCGUGCGCCACAACCUCAGCCUGCACAAGUGCUUUGUGCGCGUGGAGAACGUGAAAGGCGCCGUGUGGACGGUGGACGAGGUGGAGUACCAGAAACGCCGGUCGCAGAAAAUCACAGGAAGCCCGUCACUCGUCAAGAACCUGCCCUCCAGUCUGGGCUACGGCUCAGCACUAAACGCCAGCCUCCAGGCCGCCCUGGCGGAGACCACCCUCCCUCUACUGGGUAGUCCCGGCCUCAUGAACAGCGCACACAUGGGCGGCUGCCACGGCCUCCUGGGCGGCGACCCCUCCGGACUGAUGGGCUGCAGUCCGCCGGGGCUGCUCGGCGGCAGCCCGCCUGGGCUACUGGGCAUCAGCCCUCCCGGCACGCUGAGUGGCAGCCCCCCUACCCUGUUGCAGUCCGUCCACGAUGACCUCAAUGGCUCCCUGGACCACCUGGACACCAACGGACACGGCAGCCCCGGGUACUCCCCGCACAGGCACAUGUAG